AUGUGUCCUAACCAAGCUGAAUUCAGACCGGGACGCGAUUGUGCUGACCAGAUAUUUAUGCUAAGAAGGGUGCUGGAACAUCGCUUCAAAUAUCAGCAAUCCACUGUUACUUGCUUUAUCGAUUUUGCAUCUGCUUUCGAUUCGAUUGAUAGAGCAGCGCUCUGGAAAGUGAUGGAAUGUGACAGAGAAGAUCAUUCGGCUCAUAAAGGCAUUUUAUUAGCAUCCCUGGCGUAA